CCGCCGCCGGUCAGUCGCUCGCAGCCUGUGCCCUGUACUACUCGUUGGAGUAAAGACGUGACGCGCGUAAUCCGUCAUUCAAUUCAAAGUGCAACCUACGUACGUACAUGCAUCCCCCUCUGUAAACCAUUUUUUCUCUCUUUCUGCCUGUCUCUCUAUAUUCCUCUCCGGGUGUCUCUCUCUCGUCGUUUCUCUAUCGCGGUCGAUAGUAUUACAAUAGAGUGCUACGACUCGCUCUCGACAGAGUUGCAGAGAAACGAAAACAGUGUGAGUGAGUGUGUAGACCAAUCCUGAUGUAACGCUGAUACGCUCGGCCACAAUGGCAGGGGCGAAGCAGCAGCAGUUCAGCGAUUGAUUUUCGCGUCAGUGGUGUGUCGGGGUGCAAAAUUCAAGGAGCAGACGUGUGAAGCGCGUUAUCCAUAUCUCGCUGUUCAGAUAUUGCCCCAGUGAGUGCAAGAUGAUGGGAAAACGCACACAGUGCUACUUGUGCGAUCUGCCGCGCAUGCCGUGGGCCAUGAUAAUGGACUUCUCGGAGCCGGUUUGUCGCGGCUGCGUCAAUUACGAGGGCGCCGACCGCAUCGACCUGGUGCUCGAGUCGGCCAAGCAGCUGAAGAAGGCCCACGGCUUUCAGACAGACUCGCGGCCCUCGCCGAGUGCCAAGGGCUACCGCACUAGCUCGCACACUGAGCACAACGGUUCGGGCCUCGAGGCCGUACUACCGAUGCAGAACGCUGCCGCCGCUGCCGCUGCCGCAGCUCAGGGUCAUUCGCGUCACCAUAUCGCCGCAGGCUACACUCAGCUGCAUCAUCGCAACUCCAUCGGCGAGUUCGCCGCCGCUGCGGCGGCUGCAGCAGUCAACUCGGGCUCCCAGCGUCAGCAACAGCAGCAGGCUGCCCAACAGCAGCAGCAGUUGUCGGCGGCACGCCAGCACCAGUCCCAGCACCAGUCCCACGAAGACGGCCACGAGUUGGCCAACGGGCUACGCUCGAGCGGCCAGGUGCAGCGCAUGUCGUCGGCACAUCUGAACGCGGUGGCCGCGCACCACGUGGGCUUAGGCCACAGCAGAGCUAGCAUCGGCCAGCUAAAGCGUGGCAUUUCGGCCAUUGACGAGGAUGACCACCCUGAGGCUGGCAAGCGGCUCACUCUCGAAGAGCAGCACAGCGUGCGACCGCCGCUUACUCGAGGGGAGUCCCUGCCGGCGGUCAGCUUGGCUGUUAGCUACGUCGACCGUUCCAAGGACAAGCAUCCCAUCCGUGCGCCCAGCUUCGAAACCGCCACCACCUUCAAAACCAACGGAGCGUACGUUGGACCAUCGAUUCCCUUGGCGCCGGCCAAUGUGGCAACCAACGGCGGCGGUUCGCCGUUGCGUCCCAGGAAUAGUCCACCACCGCCACCCCCGCCAUCCGUUCAGGAGGCCGCCCAAGACGGACAGUCCUCCAAUCAUCAUCAGUGUGUACACUUGGUGGAAUCGGUUCUAAAUGGUUCGGAUCAAAAGGCUUUUGCUGAGACGACAGGCACACGCAUGAUUGGCCAUGGUUCUGGAGGGGGACCAUCACCAAUGGCAGCACUAAUGUCGGUAGCAGAUAACUUGACAUCACCAGAAUCGGUGCCUCAGCCACCGAACAAUCCGAGCCCGACCAGUCGAAGCCCACCGACUACAGCUAUUAAUGUUCAACAAAGAAGCGCCUCCCGAGGCUCUCAACACAGCCCUAACAGCUCCGCUUCAUCAGGGCGGAGGUCGAGCGGCUCAAGACACGUGUCAUCGACAACUGUGACAACGUCAUCCGAGGGUGCAGUCGCUCAAUCAGCAGGUGCUGAGGCCGUAGCUCCACCCACUCUCAAGUGCACCCUGUGUCAGGAACGCCUUGAAGAUACUCAUUUCGUUCAGUGUCCAAGCGUACCGCACCAUAAAUUCUGUUUCCCUUGCAGCCGGGAAAGUAUCAAGCGCCAAGGAGCCGGCACUGAGGUCUACUGCCCAAGUGGCGAAAAAUGUCCCUUGGCUAACAGUUCAGUGCCAUGGGCUUUUAUGCAGGGUGAGAUAGCGACAAUCCUCGGCGAGGAUACGCCAAGUACUGGCCUCAAAGUGAAGAAAGAACGCGAGACUUAAGCUAUGUCAUCCAAGUGAUGCACAAUUUGGUGAAAAGAUCAAAUUUUAUCGUCUCUUUUGCGAGGCGACAUUGCUCUUGUUAUCGAGACACGUCGGCUAAACGCGAUCAUUUUGAAUAAGGCGCUUGCCUGUUGCAGACAACGGGCCGUGGAGGCUUGCAACAGCGAGUUUGUUUUAUCUUUGGUCGUUCAACCAUCAAUGCCAACGAAUUAAAAAAAAAUUCAAUAGAUUCUAAUCGACAAAGCGACGUGUUACUGGAAUGGUAGUUGGCGUCCUAAUUGGACACCGACAUACGUCAGGCCGAAGACGUUUUAAAUUUGGCUUCAUGCGACGCGCUGUGAUGAAAGAUACGUUUAACGUUGAAACUUCUUUUUUCUUUUUUGUAUUUAAGCAAGGUCAAAAGACGACGCCAAGAAGAGAACUUUUUUUUGCACGACGAAGGCGUCAUCAGUUUGUCAAUUUUGGAGAAUCGCGUAAAUUAUUUUUUAUUUUAUUUUUUUUUUUUGAAAGAGUGAUUGUCGGUUUUGAGCAGCAGUCUUUGGCAAACUUGACGACUGGAAUGGUUUGUAAAUAUGAAACGAGUACUAAAAGGAAGUUAAAAAAACAGAUACGAAGUUUAAGUAAUAAGCAGCAUUUUGCGACGAAAUAAAAACAUAUUAACGACGUAACAUUAACAAAAGACGGGAUUAAGGAGAAAUCAGUUAAUUAUGUAGGCGGUAUACUAAUCGUUAUCGAUUUCAACAAAACUAAAAUUUAUACCCAAUCAUGGGUUUGUACUUAGGCUAUACCGCCAUCAUAUUCAUUGUAUAUUUGCCGAGCGUUAUUUGUGACAAGCAACUACGCUCCUACGACUCUAAAAUCCUUUACGACUUUUAUUAUAACACUGCUCUAGAUUUUUUUAUUUUUACAAUGGCGUUACAGUACGAUUUAUUUCACGCUUAGUCAAACGUCUCCGUCUGCGUUGUUCGAAUGUCGACGCUUUUAAUUUACUUUUUUUCAUUUAUUUCUCUUUCUAUACUUUUCUCUUGUAUUAUAUACUUAAACAUGACGGAUAUUUUAGCCCAGCGUUCUUGGGCGUUCUGUACAUUGUGUAUAUGUGUACAUAUAUAUUAUUACAUUUAAUAUUAUUAUAAACAAUAAAGAAGUAAUUUGUAUGGUUGAGAAAGUAAGCAUCUUUUAAUGUACAAAAAGAAUCUUAUAUUGCGUUUUUCAAUAAAUUAUAUUCUUUACGUUUAAUGCACAAGUCGUAACGAACGUCCUCGGAUACGCCUUUUUGACCGAGGUAGUAACGUGCAUGCGUUGCUUUGUAUCUCGUUUCGUUUACUUCAUUACACUCCCGCCCCCCAUUUUUUAUAUAUAUCUUAGUAAAUGUCAUCAAAAAAAAAAUAUAAAAAUGAUAAAAAAUCAGCUUUUUAAAUACAUCAACGAGACUACGCUGAACAGUUCCGCAAAUUUGUCGAUGUCAAUGGGUUGAGUAAAUUAAGCGUAGAAGGAAUUUUUUUUUUCAAUUUGAAAGUUCCGAAGUAAUGCCUCAACCCAGAUAAUAGCGUCGUCAUUUUCAGUUUAACGCUAGACUUUAAAGUGAGGGCUUUCCGACGUUUCAUUUCUGUAAUGAAAAAUAUAAAACUGAAACGAGAACAAACAUGAAAUUUCCGUAUAAACUUAUUCGACUUGGAACGCUCUGUAAAAAAGCGAAUGAUUGAGACAGGAAAGAAUUUGUUUACCGCAAAAGAAUUAAUUGAUUCGAAAUUACUCCGUUACGUUUUUGACGAUGUCUACUGGCUGAAUAAAGAAUUCGAAUUGAAAAAGUAUAUGUAUCUUCAUUCGGAUAUGUAAACUAAGAAAUGGAGAGAACUUGUUCACACUUUAGUUUAACGCUAGACUUUAAGUGAGGGCUUUUUAAUUUUUCAUUUAUCCGAUGAAAAAAGAACAUUGCCCGACAUAUAGGAACCACACACUCGCUACGUCUGAAAAGUUUUUAAAAAAGGGGGGAAAUCGUGUGUUUCGCUCGCUUCCAGGGCAACACUUCCUUUCUAUCUUAAUUAAUAUUUUUUUAUUUUUCGUUUUUGUAAUAAUUGAUGUAAACUGCGAUGACAACUCGCGCCCUGGACGCAUAAGUCUUUUUGUAUGUGUAAAUAUAUUUGUACAGAAGCGAAGAAAAAUAAAUAGGAUUUGGCAUGCGUCGUGAAAAUUGUAAAAGAAGCGCAUGUCAAUUGGCGGAGAAGUUGUCGCCAGCUCCGUAACGUCUUGACGAGGUCUGCAAAUGUAAAUCCUCCUUGAUUUUUGCCAAAUUUGUUAAUGCGCGUCAUUUACAAAUUGUCGAGUAAUGACGUACCUGAGUGCUCGUGACAACUUCUCGAUUAAUGCGCCUGUUUUUUGUUUUUUUUUUCUUUUUUUCCGUUUUUUCCUCAAUUUGAUUGUAAAGCGCCGACACGUUAUGCACAUUAUUUAUGCACACUCUGAAUAAAAUUUUUAAUAAAACUACAUUACAAUAAAAAUAUAAAAUCCAAGUAGCUUUUUCUUAAUGUUAUGGUAGUUCCUACCCAAUGCCAAUAUGCUGUGAAUUUGAUUUCUUAUAUUAUUUUUCUCUUUACCUUUGCUCAACAAAUAUUUGUACGAUAACGUCGACUAUUAUUUCUCUUGUAAUAGUAAACAUGUAAAGAGCAAAGAAAAAUUUUAGCAAGUGCUGUUUGAUGGACGAGAGAUUGAUUUGAUAAGCGUAUCUGUGCGUGUGAAAGAAAGUGCGAGGAGCAUGCGAGCGUAGCGGUGAUGCAUGCGUCUUGAUCGUGAAGGCGAUAAAAUCGUAUGGUUGUCGCAGGAAAAUAAAAACUCUGAAAGUUCGUUUUUUCACGCAAUGGCAUAACUAUGAAGAGGAGACAGUUGUCAUUUUUACGAGGUCAAGAAUAAUAUAAGGAUAUUAAUAAUUAAUUAGUAAUAAAAUAAAAAGGACAAAAGACAAACAAAAUAAAAUAAGAGAAGCAAGAAUGCAGUAGUUAUGUACUUGAAUGUUAGUAUAUUCGCCUAACCGAUCGUGUAAGUCAGGAAAAAUGUGAGACUCGCAGCAGGUUUGCGCAGCUCUUAUCGUUUAGAAUUUCACCUCGUGGCAUCUCUCCUUUGAGACAGGCAAAGAUAGACGCGGAUACACAGGCACGCAAACAAAGCUCUCACCUACACUCAAAUAAAAAAGCUGUAUUCUUUGUUACUUAAUUCUGUCGAGCCGUUGGUUUUAUUCACGCUACAGUGAAUUCGACAAUUUGUUGAAAUAAGAAGCAAACUCGUACCCCGAGAAUAUAUGUAUAUGUGUAUAACAGGUUUAAUAGCCACACUUUGAAAAAGCCGAUGCAAAGUCGCAUUUUUUCUGGCCGUAGCGCGUACAAAGUAGGCACGUCUUCCCGAGAAAAAGAAAUACGAAACGAAGCUAUAAACAAAUAAAAGAAACAAGCCGAAAAAGAAAUGGAUUAACUCGACACGACGAGGGAAAGUAGCUGAGAUGGCAAAUGUGGCAAAAGAAGUAAAAUGUAUAAGCAGUCAUUCCCUACUUUUGUACGACCCGAUUUGUUUUUCUAUGAUUCUUGUACACACGAGCGCAAUAACUAUGGUCAUUAAAAAGUGAAGAAUUAAGAAACCACGUAAUUU